AUACUCAAAAGCCUCUCAUGCUUAUCUUCAUCAUCAUCUUCUUCUUCUUCUUCUUCUUAUAUACCACUCAUGCAUUCAUUCAUGCCCCACCACCAUCACUAACUUAAUUCCUAGCUACUUCCCCUUUCUCUACUUCUUCUUUUAUUUUUGGAGAUCUUAUAUAUGAGCAACUUCUUGUGUUUUUCUUAGUUUGUGUGCACUUUCAAAGAAGAAUAUAAUAAAAAGCAAAAAAGUUUAAAGGUUCAAAGCGUAUGGUUUGUUGGAGAAGAGAAAGAGGUUUCAACUUCAAGGAUGGAUGCUUCUUCUUUGAUCCCACAAAACAACCUUGGGACCAUGGUUGAGAUGAUGAUAAUGAGUCAAGAGCUUGAUCAUGAUCAUAAUGAUGAUGAUAAUGUUUCUCUUGCUUCUUCUCUUUCUUCUUUCUCUGAAGAUCAUGAUGAUGCUUCCUCUUCUUCAUCUUCAUCAUCAUCUUCUUCUUCUUCAGAGCCUAUGUUUCAGAUGUCUUCUCUUAUGGAUCAACUUCCUAUCAAGAGAGGGUUGUCAAAGCACUUCCAAGGGAAGUCACAGUCUUUCACUUCAUUGGCAAACGUGAAGUGCUUGGAAGAUCUUGUGAAGCCAGAGAGGAAAGAACACUACUUCUCAUGCAAAAGAAAGAAGCUCAAGGGUUCAAAGAGUUAUGGAAAUGGUUUGGAUAAUUAUCAGAAAGCUUUGUCUCCUAAAGAGUGUUCUAGAGUUAUCACUAAGAAGAGCUUUUCAUCAAAAGGUUCAUUAGCUUCAUCAAUAUUGACUAGUAAUAAUGCAAGAAGGCAUGGAUUUCCUGUGAACAAGCCUCCUGUUCAUCCACAAAGAACUGCCUCUUUUGUUUGAUUUAAUUAAGUGCCUUGUAGUUAUGUGUUGUAUGAGAAUUGUGCAUGCUUUGCAAUGCAUGAUCUUUAGAUGAUAAUAAAUGACAUCAUGUCAUCAGUUUUAUAA